UCAUCAGUAAAACAACCAGAGAAACUUCUUGCGGACCCCACCUCUCUCUCUCUGUCUCUCUGCCAUUUUGUUACUCCCCCAAAGUCUCUCAGAUCGCAACUCGAACCAUCAUAAAUCUCGGAAAAGCGUAGCUCAGUCUACCCCUUAUCAUUUCCCUGCCCAUGUCCUAUUAGUAUGCUCCGAUAAACAACCCUGGCGUUCGAUGAUACCCCCACACCGUUUGAGUUACCACCGGAAGCCUUCACCUCCGCCGGCGACGCCAUUCCCAAGAACCGGUGACUCUUCCUCCCCUACUCUUAAAAUACUGCCCGAACAUCCGGCCACCCUAAUCCUCCGCCGCUUUCUUUUCUUGGUCGCCGUCUCCCUCUCCUGCGUGAUUCUCUUCCGAGCUUCAGACUCCGUCCGGUUCCUCCCUCGCUUCCAAUCUUCCACCUCCGGUUCGUCCUCCUCUUCUUUUCCAUUCAACUUCUCCUCUGCCUUCGGCGAUUCCCCUCUGGAGGCUGGUGACGGAUAUAGGCUUGAAAAGGUUUUGAAGGAUGCUGCCAUGGAAGACAGCACUGUCAUUAUAACAGCUAUAAAUGAAGCGUGGGCAGCUCCAAAUUCAGUGGUUGAUCUCUUUCUUGAGAGCUUUAGAAUUGGAGAUCACACCCGUAGACUUUUGAACCAUUUGGUGAUUAUUGGCUUGGAUCAAAAGGCAUUUGCGCGUUGUCUCGUAAUACAUACGCACUGCUUUUCUCUUGUCAGUGAUGGAGUUGAUUUUCGUCAUGAGGCGUACUUUAUGACCCCUGAUUACUUGAAGAUGAUGUGGAAAAGGAUUGAUUUCCUGCGCUCUGUUCUUGAGAUGGGAUACAAUUUUGUUUUCACGGAUGCUGAUGUCAUGUGGUUCAGAGAUCCAUUUCCUCAGUUUUAUUUGGAUGCGGAUUUCCAAAUAGCCUGUGACAUUUUCUUAGGGAGCUCUGAUGAUGUGCUUAACAGACCCAACGGAGGUUUUAACUAUGUGAAGUCAAAUAAUCGCUCAGUAGAGUUCUACAAAUUCUGGUACUCUUCGCAUGAAACAUUUCCUGGAUACCAUGAUCAGGAUGUCCUCAAUAUCAUCAAGUCUCACCCCUUCAUCCUAGAUAUUGGACUAAAGAUGAAAUUCUUGGACACUGCAUAUUUUGGUGGGCUUUGCGAACCUAGCAAAGAUUUGAAUGAAGUUUGUACAAUGCACGCAAAUUGUUGUUUUGGCCUAGACAACAAGCUCCAUGAUCUAAGGAUUAUGCUCCAGGAUUGGAAGCAUUUUAUGUCUUUGCCACCAAGUUUGAAGAGAUUGUCAAAUUUUUCCUGGAGUGUUCCCCAGAAUUGCAGUCUCAGUUCUCUCCAUCAUUAUGAUUCCCCGAAGAAGGACAUUGAAGAGGGAGGGCAGGAUUGACAUGAAUUGUAUAUGGUUUGCAUAGUAGAUUUUCCUUGCAUGUGAAUUUUUGGACAUGUUUGCUCUCAAUCUAUCUCAGCGGUGCUCACAUGUAUGAAUGAGGCGAUGCUGAUGUAACUUGCAUGUUCCCCAAACUCCAAUAAAGAGGAAAUUGUGGAAAGGGUGAAUACGGCAACUGAAGGUAGUGGAUGUAAGGAGCUCACUGGUGAAGAAGAUCAGGAAUGAGCUCUGUCGAGAAGGCUUGUAUCUGUGGGAAAGGAAAGGAAAGAAGGUGAAACGCACAGUUUAAAGACACUAAAUCGCACCGUUUGAAGCAAGAAAGGGAACACACCGUUUCGGGAAAAAGCAUCUAAAAGGCUGAAGUUAUUUGUCGUUUAUGUAAUAGAAUUAGCUUGUCGUUCUGCAUUUUUGUCUUGUCGUUUACAACUGCUUUCAAUUAGGUUGUUUUGCUUUCUGUUAUUUUACUUUUCACGCAUCCCACAACCAUUUGGUCAGAGAAUCAUGGCUACGUCCAUAUGUACACCCGGAGGCGUUUGUAAGAACCAUUUUGAAAACUCUAAAGAUUGUUGUCAUUUUGUGGAGGUUGAGGGACCCUCGAAGUACCCAAGUAGCAAUUGAAAUUAUCAUUGCUUUUAUCA